AUGGACACAGACACAGGCAUGCACCAAAACCAACAGUUCAAAAUCCAGCACAGCAACCAACAGUUCAAAAUCCAGCACCACAACCAACAGUUCAAAACACUGCACAGCAACCAACAGUUCAAAACCCUGCACCACAACCAGCACAGCAAACAACAGUUCAAAACCCUGCACAACAACAACCACAAACAGAGCAAGGACAUAAAAGAAGUAGAGAACAAGGAAACCAAGAAUUCUUAA